AUGGCCGCCUUCGCCACAUUAGUGUUCUUCCUGGCCUCGUUCCUGCUGGGUGCCUUCACGGUGCUCAUCGUGGGCGUUGCCGUGACCUACCACUACCUGUCCCUUCUCAGCUCCACAAAGACCGACACGAAUGCACGAUCAACCGCAUCUAAAGGGGGGCAGAGCCUGAGCGGAUCAGGUGAACAUCCAGCCCUCGACGGCGUCAGCAACGACGAAAAAGCACUCGGCGGCUAUGCCAAGUUCUUGACCCCAGCUCAGUACUCCUUGAUCUCACGGGACUCCUUCCCGAUGAUGCUGGGCAGGUCCAGCUGUGUGCUUCGAAACGCUACGUGGCAAUACAGCAUCAUUCGAGGCAACAUGCUCUUCAAAUACAAAGACAAAGGGAACAAUGUGGCUCAGGUGAUUUGCCUCAACGGAUGCACAGUUGAAGCUACCUCGACCAACUGGUCGAAAAAGGACACUGCCAUCAAGCUGUCGCAUCCCGAGCACCAGUUGUUCGGCGACAACCAACACGACGCCUACAUGCUGUUCCCCAACGGCAAGGAGUUCGAACUCUGGUUCUACGCACUGCAGCGUGCCUCCGCUCUUUCCACAAAUUUGGCCAAGUAUCAACAAGAGGACGCCAAGAUCAACUCCUACUUUUCCCAGUACCACAACAUCCUGAUGAACCCAGACACGCCGAAUGACGGAGCCUGGUGUAACGCCAUCCUGGCCCGCUUUUGGUGCAAAGGAUUCAACAGCUUCCUCAGCCAGGGCCUCUGUCAGCGCAUCACCAAAAUGACAGACUUCCCCGGUUUCAUUGAGAGCAUGGUCUUGGAGAACAUGUCGCUCGGUACCAGCUUGCCCAUGGUGUCCAACGCCACCCUCUACUCCAUCACCGAGCAAGGCGGCGUGAUUGUGGACAUGGACGUCGUGUAUCACACGGGCUUCGAGAUGACCAUCAACAUCAUGACCUCCAUCCAGCUGCCCGGUGCCUCGGUCAAGGUUCCGGCCUCGGCCUACAUGCAAAUCAAGCGUCUCUCGGGCCGGAUGCGCAUGCAAAUCAAUCCGCCUCCGUGCGACAGGUUCUGGAUCGGCUUCCACGAGAACCCCACCUUCGACAUCCACGCUGAAACGUCGAUCGCCUCCGACUCGAUCCUGCCCAACAUGGUGCAGAUGGCCAACAGUAUCAUGAAGGCACCUUUCCCCCCUCUUUGCGACUCAGUCCACCGCGGCCGCGGACACCACUGA